AGAGAGAGAGAGAGAGAGAGAGAGAGAGAGAGUGGGAGAGAGUGGAGCCCAGCGUGCUGCUCAGCUAUAAAGUAUCCAGACAGAGAAUCCCGGCUCGAUCUCGCUCGCUCAUUCGAAGACCUUGACUCUGAGAUCAGCUACCAUUAAAAUAGGUGAUUGAAACGGGAAUGGCUCUGGUCACUACUGCUGAAGUCUGCGAUGCAAACCCACAGCUGAUCGUGAGCGGAGAGCUGCGGGCCCUCCAGCCUAUCUUCCAGAUCUACGGGCGCCGCCAGGUCUUUUCGGGCCCGGUGGUGACCCUUAAGGUCUUCGAGGACAACGUCCUGGUCAGGGAGUUCCUCGAGGAGAAAGGGAACGGCCGAGUCCUUGUGGUUGAUGGAGGAGGGAGCCUCCGCUGCGCUAUUCUCGGGGGAAAUCCAGUGGUGCAGGCACAGAACAACGGAUGGGCUGGCAUCGUGGUGAAUGGAUGCAUCAGGGACGUCGAUGAGAUCAAUGGCUGCGACAUUGGGGUGAGGGCUCUGGCAUCCCACCCGAUGAAGGCCAAUAAGAAGGGCAUCGGUGAGAAGCACGUCCCCAUAACAAUCGCUGGGACAAGGAUCAGCGACGGGGAGUGGCUCUUCGCUGACACGGAUGGGAUUCUGAUUUCUCGAACAGAACUUUCUACCUAAUAAGCAUGAUACCUGUCUCUCGCGAUUACAAGAAGCGCAUAUUUAAUGUAGCAGUUGCUCCAUGACUCGUAUCAACGAGAGUUUACUAUUAUAUGAACUUGUAAUGAUGACCAAAUUGCCUCUUUCUGACUUUUCUAAACAGCUUGUCACUCUUUCGAGUUGGUGAUCUUGGUAGUUUGAUUGUUUAAAUAUAUGUA